CAGCGCCGGGGAGAAAAGUGCCACGACUCCAAGGCACAGGGGCUCACUUCGCCUUGUACAUCGGCAGGGAGGGCGAGAGAGCAGUCGGGGAAAGAAAGGGGCUUGAAGGAUACAAAAUAGCUGCUUCUCUCGCACGGCUAGCGCUGCUCAACAGCUGUGUUUAACACCCCAGGAGGCAGAGGGAGAUUCGAGGUUGGAUCACGUUUGAGGUUCAAUAAGGAAACGAAAGAUUGUCGAAUAUGGAUAUCUAUGACCCUCAGACCUUGGGCUUCAUGGUGUUUGGAGGUUUCAUGGUUGUCUCUGCCAUUGGAAUCUUCCUGGUCUCCACCUUCUCCAUGAAGGAAACCUCUUACGAAGAAGCCUUAGCGAAGCAGAAGAGGGAACAGGAGAAAGCCCAACAGGCCAAGUCGGAGAAGAAGAAGAAAGAGAAGUCCGUGGAGAAGAAAGGAAAGCCAAAGAAACGCGAGGAAAAACCUAACGGGAGAAUCCCGGAGUCCGAACCUGUGCCCGAUGCCUCUGAGGCAGAGGUCGAGAUGGAGCCCCUCAUCGUGCCAAGUGUCGAGGCUCCCAUCGUGGCAGCUUCUGCUCCUCCCCCCUCUCCUCCAUCUGCCCCAGAGUCUUCUCCCCCAGCAUCCAAAGAAAAGAGGAGGAAGGAGAAAAAGGUUGCCAAAGUUGAACCUGCACCCAGCCCCCUUUCAGCGCCUGCCCCGGUCGGGGGCUCCUCCAGGCAAGCUCCUGCCCCAACAGCUACUCCCCUGCUGGAGGCAGUUGCCAGGGAGGUGCCCGUGAUGGCUGUCCCCCCGGUUGGUGCCCAGCAGGGUACCCCCCUCGCUGCCUCACCUCCCACCACAGGUGCCAAAAAGGCAGAUACAGCUGCCAGCCAAGAUGAACCAAAGCAAGAAGCCCCAGCAAAGAAGAAGGUGGCGCCUAAGAAAAAGUCUGAACCUAUAAUAGUUCCCGCUGACUCCCUGGACGGCCCUCUCUACAUUCCCUUCAAGUCCCUGCUUUCCACGGUGAGCAGCAUGGAUUUCAGCGAGGGUGAGGCCCAUCGGCUCAUCGAAAUCCUGAUGGAUAAGGCUGGCAUUGUGCAGGACACCUGGCACACGGCCACUCAGAAAGGGGACCCGGUGACGGCCCUGAGGCGGCAGCUGGAAGAGAAGGAGAAGCAGCUGGUGGCCGAGCAGGAGGACUCCAGUGCGGUCAAAAGCAAACUCCGGGAGGUCAGCAAGGAGCUUGCAGCUGAGAAGGCCAAAGCGUGUGCCAGCGAGAAUAAGCUGAAGGAGCAGCUGACGAUGAGGGAGGAGGAGCUGAACGCUGUGCAGACCCGCAUGCAGGCUAGCUAUCAGGACCACGUGGCUGAGACCCAGAAGCUGCAGGCCAAGAUCCGGGGGCUCCAGGAGCAGCUGGACAACGGGCCCACUGCGCAGAUAGCUCGACUGCAGCAGGAGAACUCCAUCCUGAGGGAUGCCCUCAAUCAGGCCACCAGCCAGACCGAGAGCAAGCAGAAUGCCGAGCUGGCCAAGUUGCGGCAGGAGUGUGCCAAGCUGACCAAGGAGCUGGGCGAGAAGUCGGAGUUCCUACACCAGGACGAGCAGCUGCGGAAGGCGCUGGAGGGCAAGGUCAGCAAGUACGAGCAGCAGUUGUCCCAGAUGCAGCUGAGCCAGCAGGAAACGGAGAGUGCGCUGCAGAAGCGUCUGGAGGACGUCAGUGAGGAGCUCCGCAAGUCCCAGAGCAGCUACACCACCCUGCUCACUGAGACGGAGAAGGCCCGGGGAGAGCAGCGCGCCGCCCUCAGCAGUUAUACCGAUCUUCAGGCUAAGAUGACAUUGGCUGAGGAAGAGCUGAAGACCAAAGCAAAGGACGUAGAGGAGCUGCAUUCCCAGCUGACGGAAGCCAACUCUGAGAAAGGACAACUGGAGGAGCGGAUCCGGUCCAUAGAGGCUCUGCUGGAGGCCGGCCAGAACAAGGAGAUGGAGAAAGACCAGCAAAUACAGGACGCCAAACAGCUAGAAAUAGAACAGCUGGAGAGCAGGGUGAAGGAUAAAGAUGCUCAGAUUUCCAGCCUGGAACAGGAUAUGCUGCAGCUUAAAGAAACCAUUGAACAGCAAAAAAAGAAAAAUAACGAGCUCCGGGAGAAAAACUGGAAGGCCGUGGAGGCUUUGGCAUCAACCGAAAAAAUGUAUGGGGCGAAACUCUGCGCUGCUAAGCAAAUAAAGGAAGAGUCAGAACAGCUGCUGCAGACGGUCCACCGACAAACCAAAGAGGCACUGCAGGGGCUCUUCCCAGAGCUAUCGGUGCCUUCACAACAGCUCUACAGUGAAUGGCUGCAAGAGUUCAGACAGAAGGCCCAGGAGUCCCUGAACCAGAAGUCCACAGAUCCCUCAGACUUAGUACUUAAAUUACAAGAAGCAGAAGAAGCCCAAAGCACUUUACAAGCAGACUGCGAGCAGUACAGGACGGUUCUCGCCGAGACAGAGGGAAUGCUGAGGGACCUUCAGAAGAGCGUAGAAGAGGAGGAGCACGUGUGGAAAGCAAAGAUAGCGGAGUCUGAAGCACAACUUCGGCAGGCACAAUCACAAGUAAAAACGUUAGAAGGUGCCCUGGAGAAGCUGAAGCUGGAUUCACAAAAUACGGAGCAGCUGAAGGACCUGGUGGCUGAAUUGGAGGAGAAGUUAAAGCAGCAGCUUGAGUUGGCACAGACGCAGUGUCAACAAUACUCAAUGGAGGUGAAGGAGCUGAGCGAACUCUUAAGAGAAUCACAAAGCCAGCUGGAGGCAGCCAAUAGAGAACAGCAGAAACACAGCGAGGAGCUCUCACUGGUGAGGCAGCAGCUGUGUGACAUGGAAGCCCACGUGCGCGAUGGAGUGCCGGUUGAGUCACCCAGUGCUGAAGCUGAGCUGGAGCCUGCCGAGGUUCAAGUACAGCUGGAGGAAACGGUGCUCGCUGAGCAAGCACAGAGACAGAAGGUGCUGGAAGAAUUUGAAAAGGUCCAACAGUCCGCACUAAAUCUGCAGGUCGAGCUGGAGCAGCUGCGGGCCGCCAGGGAUGGUGACAGCGAGGACGUCCUUCAGCUAAAGGAAAGGCUUGACAAGGAAAAGAAAAUGACCAAGGACUUGGGCCAAGCUGCCACAAAACUACAGCAGAUGCUGAGCGCCACCCAGGAGCAACUGGACAAGGAGAGGGAGACUGUGGGCAGGCUGCUGGCUGAAGGGCAGGGAAAGGGAGAAGAGAAGCAGGGACCAGUGGCAGAGGAGGACGGACUGAAGGAGGGAACAUCUGUCUGAAGAACACCCAGCUGAUGUAAACACUACUCAAUCUUGCCAGAUGCCUUACAGUUAUAAUAAUUCUUAUGCCAUUCCUAAACCACCCGCUCAGUAUUGUACUGUAGUUCAUUGAAGAGUUAGUGAGUCAAUCACAAUGUUGAGAAAAGUUGCAGCCGUCAAUUUUUUUUUAAAAAAGCUUUAUUUGAUUAUUCCUUUCCCAUCAGUUCAAGACACAUUCCAUCAGAUUGUCCAAAUCACUGAUGUCCUGCUGCCUAUCUUGUAAACAAAAGGGCCCCUAAGCUCUGUUUACACAUAAAAGGAUGUACUUACGGGAAGCGUACAUUGAAUCGUGCAAUUUAUUAUUACUUCUCCAAGAAGGAGAUGGAGGACGGGAAGAGUUUGCAAACUUUAUCCAGCAGUGAUCCAAACCUCUGCCAGAAACCCAAUCAGGUCUUCAAGAAGAUCUUUCCUGUUUUUUCUCCCCCAAAGUUGUUCAUCAAAUCAAUAAAAUGCUGUAACCAUU